GUCUAAAAUCUUGUUUUAAUCUUACGAAAAUAUCUUGAUUGUACUAGUGCAAUUAUUGGUUGUUCAUUGCAUCAAUGUACAAAAUGAUAUUAAGCAUUCUUAAACAGUUUACAACAUAUUAUCGAUGUCCGCUAUUUAACAAAGGAAUAAGAUUUUAUGGUAUAUAUGAACCACCAUAUCUAAAGAAAAAAGAAUUUGAAAUACCAAUUUAUCCUGUUUUAAAUAUACAAAUUAAAGGAUAUAAAUAUUCUCUACUUGAAAGUUAUCAAAGUUUUAUUCAUAAAAUAACAAAAGUACUUGAUAUUACUAUUGAUGAAAGUUUUGCCUUUCCUCAUAAAGAAUUUAAAAUAAGAAAAUUUAAGAAAAAUAGUGCAAUAAUUGAUGCUGAAUAUCAUUUAAAAAUUUAUGAGAGAAAUAUACAAAUAUCAAAUAUAUCAUCUACACUAUGUCCUAUUUUUAUUAGGAUAUUAGAAGCAACAUUACCUGAAGGUGUUUCAUUAUCUAUACAUGAAUAUGAUCCAAUUCUAAAAAAGAAAUGUAUAAUUCCAAACAAAGAAUUGCUUGAUCUCAAAAAAGAAUUAGAAGAAAUGACAGAACAUAAAACAAAAAAAGAUUAAUAAUAAAUUUAAUAUUGAUUAUGUAAGAAAUAUAGCUUGUUUAAUAUUAUAAUUUAAACAAAAUAUUUUGCAAAUUAAUAACACAAAUGAAUUUCAUAAUUCAUAUAAUGAGAUAUAAAUAUUUUAAUAAUAGAAUUCAAAAAGCUUUUAUUGCAUAAAAAUUAUAUAUAAUACAAAAGUAUAUAUGUUCUUUUAUAAAUUUUAAAUAUAUGUAAAUACAGUCUUAUAUAUAUAUUUUUCAUAUUUGAAUUUUAAUCUUUUUUUUCAUAAUAAACCAAAGUGUACAACUUUUAUUUUUGAACUUUCUUCUGGUCUUGAAGAUUCCUUUAUUUUAUCGUUAAUAUCUUCUUCU